AUGUCAGCAACAUCGUCAGCCCUCGGCGCAGUCUUGGGUUACCUAGGCGCCGAAGUCGCGGGCAUAAGCCUCUUUGAACGCCUGCUAUGGCCAGAACGCUUCUACAACGCCGUCGACGCCAUCGCGCUCAUCCGCCUGGCCCUUUUCAUGCCCAUGGGCGGGCCCCUCCACCGCGCAGCUCUUGAGACGCUGGAUAAGUUCCGCGACCAUGGCCUGUACAAGGGUCGUCGGCGGGGCGACAUGCUCGGGACUACCUUCUUUUCCGACAAAGCUAGCGUUCAUUACUUCCACAAGACGGCAAACACCCCCGAAGGCCGCAAAUUGCCACGGGCUGUGCGGAAUGGCUUCUGGAUUGAGGUCCUGAAGCAUAUUGAUGACCGCAUCGGUCUGGGCGGGUCUUGGACCGGGGCCGGUCCCCCGGAUAGUGCGCGACUGAAGGAGGGAAGUGAGGGGCUGGCAGAUACGGUCCGGACUACAAGGCGAAUAUACCGACUUGAUCUGGAGUUCCAAUCCCCUCAAGGAAGCGAAGCGUCUACACAAUUCAAGACUUUUAACGAAAACUUCGGAUUCAGAACAUUGCUAGGUAUUGUUGUAUCAGAGUUAUCCUCAAUUCUGCUCGCAGUCGCGGCAGGGAUAUGGUCCAACCGAAGCAGAGACGGACAGGAUGCCCCGGCAAAGUGGUUCAUCGGCUUCCUGUGCAUUCCUCUCUUCCUUAAGCUUUUCACCGCGGUGUCACGCGUUCGUCGAGAGAGUUUAAUACACAACGAAGACCCCCCCGAAUCGUCAACUCUCGACGCGACAGCUCCAUCUUCACCAGCAGCCGAAGCCCCAAUCACCAAGAACGACCUGGCACCCGUCUCCCCUGCCCGCCACCAGGAAACAGAGAUCUUCGAAGUCGAGGUACCCUCCAUCGGCUUCCUCCUCAUCUCAACCCCCUCCCCGGCCUCCCCGGCAAGCUUCCAGUUCUUCCGCCACUACGGCCACCCGAUCCGCGACAGCGCGCUCGACCGCGCAAGGGAGGUAUCCAGCAUAGCGACGGUGUACGCCUUUGUCCUCUACUUCCCCGCAGGACUGCUACUGCUGUCGUGGAUGAACGAGCCCAUGCAGUACCUCUGGCUGGGUCAGCAGCUGUGGAGCGUCUUGGUCAUGCAUCUUGUGCGUCUCUUCGGAUGGGAGGGCACUUCGCGGACGGAGGAGGCAGUGGCAGCUGCACUUGUGAAGGACUUCAAGGUUAUUCUGGCUGGAAAGAAGGCAUGUGUUGAGGCUAGGCUGCGGAUGGAGGAGGUUACGUCGGUGAAGGAGGGGAGGAAGAGGGUGCAAGAGAUGUUGGAAGGGGUUUAA